AUGCAGCCUAAACCUAUUAAGAGAAAAGACUCUAUGGUUCCUUAAGGUACUUCCAUGUCUAUUUGUUCAUCUUUGUUAUUCAUGAUAGGACAAUCAUGGUAUGAAAUGAAAAGAAGACCUUGUGGAUAUUGUGUAUCAUUUUUUAGUGUUUUGAUUGUGGUUGCUGCAAGUGCUGUUAGUUAAUCAAUAAUUGAUAGAGCACCUUUAAUAUUUUUAAAAUCAGCUGAAGGUCCGGCAGGAUAAUCAGACAUAGUGUAAUUAGCAAUUUAAGAUUAGGUUGAUGGCAAAUCCAAAUUAUUUAAGCGAAGAACAUGAAAAGUCUCCUCAAUAUUUGAUGUCUAUCUAUAGUAACUCAGCUAGACAACAAGGAUAUCUCAUAGUUGAUUUCCUAAACUUUACUAGAGUGAAAGAAGUAUUAGGACCAGACAGGGCAAAUUAAGCAAGUCCUAGAAUUGAAUAACAAGUCAAUUUCACAUAUUUGUAAAAGACAGGAGAGUGUGAGAAUGUAUAUAUUAAUCAUUUAUUGAUAGUCUGUGAAUAAAGCAUAAUAAUUGUUAUCUAAAAGAUAGGAAUUCGGAAGUGAAGCUCAUUUUAAUGACUUAAGGGAUGGAUAGUAAUUAGGAUAGAGAUGCGGAGGAGUAUAACCACAUCCAAAUGCCAAAUUUGUUGCUAUUGAUACUUAAAAAGAGAAAAAAAUUGGAUUGGGUUGGGAAUAUCCAUUUGAUGAAUUAAAGGAAACAGAAGUCAUAAUGAGUAGGAAAUUAGCAGAAACGUAUAAAUUGAAUGUAGGAGAUUAUAUGUUAAUAUAUGGAGAAUUCUAUGAUUUUUAUGCGUCAUAUUAUAUAGAGAACUACUAUGAAUAGAUAGGUAAGUAAUUCAAUUUAACAAAUUACAAUGAUACAUUUAUAAAUCAAGAAUUUUCAGAUUUGAAAAAAGCAACUUAAAGAUUUUAUUUGUAUUAAGUUAAAGGUUUGUUAGAUUCAACUUAUGGUAAAUUUCCAGAUGGAGAUGCUGAUAAAUUAAUAAUUGUAGAACACAAACAUUUAUUUAAUAAUCUUGCAUAUUGGUCAUGGGAUAAACCAUUUUUAAAGGCUAUGUAUACUGCUAAUCCUGAAGAUUUUGUAGAUGAAAUCAGAAUCAAUAUACCUGAUAGAUUCAAUAUAUAUAUGGAUAGCAAUUAUGAGAAUAUAUAAGGGAAGAUAACUAAAUAUGCUAGUAACAUAAGAAGAGAUUUGGGAGUUUAUCCAUGUAAUAUGGAUUUACCAGUCUUAUAACAACUAUAUGAUUCUAGAUUUGGUUAACUAUUUUUGGGUAUCAUAUUAAAUAUGAUCAUUGUAAUAUUGUUUUUAUUGAGUGUAUUACUCUUAUAUACUUUGUUGUUGAUAUCAGUAGAAACAAAGACUUAUGAUUUGGGAGUGUUGAGAGUAUUAGGUUUUAAUAAAUUGGGAGUUGUGUUUAUAGUAUUGACACAAGCUUUGAGUUAUGUUCUACCAGCUAUGGUUGCUGGUAUUAUACUUUCAAUACCAUUCUUAUUAUAUGCUAGUAGUGCACUUAAAGCUUCAAUUGGAGUUGAGAUAGAAGUAACUCCUACAACAAAUGCAAUAUUCAUGUCACUCGGAUUAGGAUUGCUGAUUCCUUUACUUAGUUCUUAUGUUCCCAUAAAAGAGGCAUUAAGUAAGUAAUUAAGUUUUGCAUUGGAUAUCAACAGAUCAAAAUCUACUGCUGUGAAAAUAGAAGUAGAUCUUGAAGGUAAAUCAUUACCUUGGGGUAGAAUCUAAUUUGCAAUAAUUGCUUCAUUGUUUGGUAUUUGUGUCUAUUAUUUCUUGCCUUUGGCUUUAUUGUCAUUCAACAUUGGAUUGCUUUUGUCUAUAUUCUUCUUUAUUUUAUGUGGUAUGUUAUUAGGAUUGGUGAUAUUUGCAUUCAAUAUUUAAUACCUUGCUGAAAGAUUUACUGUUUAUAUAUUUUUAUUUUGGGCCAGUUCAGCCAAGAAAACAAUGGUGUUAAAGAAUCUUGCAGCACAUAGGGUAUACAUAAAUAAUUAUAUAUUAAAUAGAUCAAAAAUAGAAGAACAGCUUUAAUGUAUGCCUUAUCAAUUGCUUUUGUGAUUUUCAUAUUUGUUGGUAUGAGUGUACAGAUUGAGAAUUAAGCUACGUAGACUCUUUAGUAACAUGGUUGCAAACUUGAGAUCACUUCCUCUAAUGGAUAUCUUUCACCAUUUGAAUUUGAAAAUAUUAUAUUAGAAUUAGGAGGCAACAUAACUAGUUUUGCAUGGGUUACUGAUUCUUUAGAUAGUUAUAUGUAAAGACUUGGAUUUUCAACUGCAUACAUGACUCAUUUAGGAUAAGUUUAUUAACUUAGACCCAAGAUUGUAGGUGUCUCACAUACUUUAUUUGAUAUGGGAUAUAAUCAAUUUUUAAAAGUUGAAGAUCAAAUUAAUAGUAAAUUGAAUCCAGUCGAAUAGUUAUAUACAAGUAGAGGAAGUCAAAGUGCUAUUAUUGGUACUAGUUAUGCAGAUUAACUUAAUAUCAAAAUUGAUAUUGACAGCACCUUCCUUCUAAUUGUCUAUAAUAAUACAUUUAGUCAAUAUCAUUAGAUGAGAGCAUCUUCAAUUAUCACUUCAGCACCUGCUCUUAAAUUUAGUAGUUUACCAAGUGUUUAAGAAUAAAAUGUUGUUGUUUCCUUACCAACAUUUAGAAGACUUUGUGGAAAUUUGAUAGAUGCAGUAGAUAAUUAUCCAAUGAAAAGAUUACUUAUAUCUGUAUCCAAUUCAGGUAAUAUUGAUACUGUGUAUGGCUAUUUUAAAAAGUAUAUUGAUUCUAAAGGAGUUUCUGCUAAAAUAUGGGAUUAUAGAGAUUACGAAACUUCUAUAAAAUAAAGUCAGGAUCUUAUUUAAAUUAUAUUCAGUUUCUUAACAGGUGUUGUUAUGGUAUUAUCAUUCUUUAGUCUUAUGACAUCGAUGACUGCCAAUAUGUUAGAAUAAGUUAAAGAAAUCUCAGUGCUUAGAGCUAUUGGCAAUACUAAAAUGUCCAUUACUAUGGUCUAUAUUAUGGAAGCAUUCACUUUAGUUUUUAGUUCAAGUUUUAUCGGAUUAAUGGUUGGAUUUAUUAUUGGAUAAUCAAUGGCAUUGUAAUAGACCUUAUUCACUUAAUUGCCAUUAAUUUUUGUUUUCCCAUGGUAAAUGUUGAUUAUCAUCAUUAUUAUUGCAAUGAUUGCAGCAAUCAUCAGUGUUGUAACACCCUCCUUAUAAAUCUUAUCAAAAGAAAUUGCUUAAAUUAUGAGAAUGAUCUGA